AUGCCCCGAAAUUAUGUUAGAAAAUCUCUACGUGCAACCUGUUACACUGCUGAUGAUGUGCUUCGAGCUAUUGAGAAAAUUGAAAGGAAGGAGUUAACUCUAUUUGGAGCAGCUAAGACAUAUAAUAUACCGCUUUCAACUCUACACAAUAAGUUGUAUAAGAAAACGGGCAAUAAAAGCAAAACGUUGGGUCGGGCUCCUAUCCUUUCCUAUGAAAUUGAAGAGCAAUUAGCAAACGGCCUAAAGACUUUGGAAAAAUGGGGGUUUGGCCUAUCCAGAAACGAAGUUAUUACACUUGUGUCAAAGUAUAUUCGCCUUAAUAAUAUAUCAACCCCAUUUAAAGACGGUGUUCCUGGACCAGAUUGGUUUACAAGUUUUCGUAACCGCCAUGGCCUUUCUCUCAAGAAAGCUCAACCUGUUGAACACGCCAGAAAAGUGAACACUGAUCCAUUUAGCAUAAAUGAGUACUUUGAACUUUUACAGGCAACUUUAAAAAAAUUAAAUUUGGAGCAAAUGCCUUCACAAAUCUGGAAUUUGGAUGAAACAUCAGUAAGCUUUGACCCCUCGAAGACAAAAGUAGUAGGAAAGAAGGGAGUUCCGUCCUCCAGAACCACACAUGGGACUGGUAAAGACAACACAACCGUGUUAACGGCCGUUAAUGCGGAUGGAGUGAAAAUUAGUCCUUUAAUUAUAUUUAAAGGGAAAUUUGUGUGGGAUUCAUGGAUGGCUAAUACUGACAAAAAAUAUAAUUUUGAAUUGUCCUAUGCUGCAAGUCCAAACGGAUGGAUAGACUCGAAUAUAUUUCUGAAUUAUUUAGAAAAAGUAUUUAUUCCAGCACUUGGGAAAGACCGACCUGUCUUGCUUAUAUAUGACGGACACAAUUCCCACGUCAACUUAAAUGUUGUGGAAUUGGCCCUUAAAAACAAUAUCACAAUAUUGAAACUACCACCACACACGUCCCAUCUUCUGCAACCGUUGGAUGUUGCUGUGUUUAAAUCUUUUAAAAGUAGAUGGGAUGCUAAAUUGGUAGAAUGGCAAAGAAAAAACACGGGAGUGAAACUGCCAAAAAAGAUAUUUUCCGAACUAGUUGCUGAAAUUUGGAACGAUACCGAACCCCGAGUAAUAAUGAACGGAUUUAGAAAAGCGGGUAUAUAUCCCUUUAACUCUAACGUGAUCCCUACUGAUAAGUAUGAUCCAGGAGCAUACAAACGCUGGCAAGAAGUUAAAAAAAAUAAACCUUGUCCUCUAGAGGAACAGUCUUCGUGUCCUCUACCAGACGAUCGACCACAACAUUCACCGCCACUCCACGAAAAUGCCCAUCUUUCGCAGCAAGAUCGCAAAGUAGAGAUGCACUAA